UCCCCCCUCCCUUCCUUGGCGGCAAAAGGGAAAAAUUCAGAUUAUCUUUCUUCAAUCUUCCUCUCUACACACGCAAAUUUUGAAGUAAAUCCGCAGUCGUUUUGUGUCUUUUUAUAGGGCAAUUUCAAUUUCCAUCGUCUUCUUAGAUCUGCUUUCCACUUUGAUUCGCUGAUACAGAUCGGUGUUUAAAUUAGCUUCUACAGCAUGGCCAAUUACUACGACAUCGGUGAUAUAUUAGCCGAAGAAGAGCUUGUACCUACCGUUUUCCAAUAUGGUGCGAAUGGGGUAGGGCUCUUUGAUUCGAGCGAUGAUGCGGAUAAGGUGGAAGCUGGUUCGAGAGCUGAGCUUCCGUUCUGGCUUGUUCGUGAAUUGUAUUUGAGACAGCUUGUAUCUAUAAGGGUUCCUCCGUGUUUCGAUAGAGAAUCUAAAACAAGAGAAGAAAUAGCAGCUGAUGCUGCCCACGUAGAUUUAAGAAGCCGGUCUCCUUAUUUUUAUGAGUUGGGAUGCAAGAUUGCACUUCUGCUACCACCAUUGAAAUGCUGUGUUUAUUGCCCCAAAUUAUGUCACUUGCACACCUUGCUUGGAAUCAGAGACAGAACCAUUGGCCCAUUCCUUCUUGUGGCAUUCCAGACCAGGUACAGGGACGUGUUGGUUAAGGCUCACGCUCUAACACUGACAAUGACCCCCAAAUACUUGACACUUCUAACUAACGAAGAAAUCAAAUUGUAUGAAGCUGGUCAAUCCUCAAUAGCUGCAUUCAAGAAGUGGCGGAUGGGUGGACCUAGAUUUCAAGUAGCUCCCGUUCUUGGGAGGAAGAGGAAGCUGACUUAGAUACAUGGAAUUCAACUUGUACUUAUGCAUCCAUCAUCUCCAGCAAAACCAGCCAUGCGAGGUUUUCAGUAUGCAUCGAGAUCUUGUUGUCGUCACCCUUACAGAAUAUGGCAAAGUAGUGAUAAUUUUUUCACUGAAGUUAAUUCAAAAUAUUGUGGAAUAGAGGAGUUUUUCUAAUGAGGUUUGGUUUCAACGAUUCAAUUAAUUGUGAUCUGUGGUGAUCUUUGAUAGUUCA